UUUAGAUAAGACCUACAUAUGGCCUCAAAGUACACACAAUGACAUGAAAGAGUGAUAUGGAGAGAAGAAGUUUAGGGAGCUCACUUUUGGUGCCUAGUGUACAAGAACUAGCAAAGGAACAAAUUUCAGAGGUUCCACCCCGCUAUGUUCGCACUGAUCAAGACCCCGUAGUCACAUCACGGCUUACAUCCGCACGACCCCAAGUUCCAAUCAUCGACAUGCAACGUUUAUUAUCUCUAGAUUUAGCUGAUUAUGAAUUGGAAAGACUACACCUUGCUUGUAGAGAUUGGGGUUUCUUUCAGUUGAUAAAUCACGGGUUGAGUGAUUCGUUGUUGGAGAAACUAAAGGCGGAAACACAGGAAUUCUUCAAUUUGCCGUUGGAUGAGAAAAAGAAGUAUUGGCAACAAGCAGGAGAUAUUGAGGGAUUUGGGCAGGCGUUUGUCGUGUCAGAGGAGCAAAAGCUCGAUUGGGCUGACAUGUUCUACCUAGUUACACUCCCUCAUGAUAUUAGGAGGCCUCACUUGUUUCCCAAGUUACCUCUUAGAGAUACCCUAGAAGCAUACUCAAGUGAAGUAAACAAGGUUUCCCUGAAUACUCUCAUGUUCAUUGCAAAAGCUUCCAAGAUGGAUGUUGAAGAUAUGAAUGCGUUGUUCGAAGAAGGAAUGCAAUCUAUGAGAAUGAACUAUUAUCCACCAUGCCCGCAACCUGAAAAGGUUAUUGGUCUCAGCCCACACUCAGAUCCUCUUGGAAUCACCUUCCUUGUACAAGUCAAUGAAGUAGAAGGUCUUGAGAUAAAGAAGGAUGGUAUUUGGAUGCCUGUUAAACCACUCCCUAAUUCUUUCAUUGUCAAUAUUGGGGACACCUUGGAGAUGGUGACAAAUGGACUAUAUAAAAGCAUUGAACAUCGAGCAAUUGUAAACUCGGAGAAGGAGAGGCUUUCUAUUGCAACAUUUUUUGCCCCUAAAUUGGAUGGAGAGAUUGGUCCAGCACCAAGUCUUAUCACUCCAGAGAACCCACCAAAAUUUAAAAGGGUAACAGUUGUGGAUCUCUUCAAAAAUAUUUUCGCCCGAGAACUUUAUGGUAAACGGAACAUUGAACAAUACUACCUAUGAAUAGUUCAUUGUGUAUUCUUGCCUAUUCAACAUGAUUGAGUGUGAUAAACUUAUCCCAAAUAAUAAUGGUAUCGCAUUUAUAGUAGAUACCACAUGGUUUGUCUAAAUAUGUUGUGAUUUUAAAUAAGAAUGUGAAGAGAAAAUUUCUGAUU